AUGCGUAUUUUCAAACUAAGUUUGUUAACCCCUUCAAUGUUCAAACAUAUAAACAUAAUUUUCAUGUGCAACUAAUCCAAAUUGUGUUUGGUUUAGAGGGGAAUGUUAAAAUUUUAAAUUUUGUGCUGAUUUAAUUGGAGCCUCUUAAUCAGAAUGUAUAUUUCAAAGUGUUAAUUGUCCAGCAAGUAAUGGAUUAUUUUGUCGUGAGAAGAACUAUUUAUAGCCAUGUUAAACUUAUCAAUUCCAAAGUUCAUGUACUGAUGCAUUAGGAAAUAAUGGUUUCUGCUUAUGGCAAAAUGGAUCCUGUUAAGUAUUAAGCAAAUGUUAAUAAUUGUUAUAAUAAAAAGAUUGUUUAAAUUUUUAAAAGUAGUGCUAUUGGAGUAAUAAUAUUUGUUAACCAUUAAGUUGUUCUAUAUUUACUAAUCCAUAAAACUGUUAAUAUUACUAUUCAUCAAUUAAUUCUUAUACUCCUAUUUCAUGCUAUUGGAAUUCAUAUUAAUCACUUUGUGCUUAAACAACUGAUUUUAUGACCUAAUUAAAUUCAGCAACUUGCUCAGCAAACACUAGAUAAACAGCAAGAUGGAGUAAUACUUUGAGUAUUUGUUUGAAAUGUGGUGCUCCUCCAUUACCAAAUCCCUAUAAGUGUGCUUGUUCAUUUUUAAUUUCUUAAAUAAAUUGUAUGUAAAGUUAAGAAUGCAUAUGGAAUACUCAAACUAAUCAAUGUGAAUAGUAGUCAUGUAUCAAUUUAAAAUAAUCCUUAUGUAUUCAAAAUUCAUAAUGUAUGUGGGUUGGAUUCUGUGCAGCAUUCAAAUCAUGUAAUGUAUUAUAUGCUGUUAAUUCAGAGGAAUGUGCUGCUCAAUCUUUGAGAUGUCCCUAUUUUAAUAGUGAAAAAGGAUAGUGUGAAGCAAUUUCAAGCUAUAUAAAUUGUGGAUAUGUAGAUAAUCAAAAUUAAUGUGAUUAAUACUAUUCCAUUAACUUUAGAUGCGAAUGGAAUUAUUAAUAAAAUAAAUGUUAGAUUUAUAUUAGUUGUUAAUAAUAUUACAAUCCAUACAUUUGCAAUACGUAACCAUAAUGUUAUUGGUAUAAUUAUGGAUGUUAGAUUAAAACAUGUUAAAAUUAUAAUACUUUAGAAUCAUGUACAUUUGUAUUCAAUCCAAAUAUUUGGAAUUAUAUUUAAUCAUGUUCAUGGCUAAAUGGUGCUUGUGUUGCUGCAAAUAAUCUUUUUUCUGAAUAAACAUGUUUUAUUAAUACAGAUUAAACUGCUAGAUGGAGUUCUAACAAUUAGGAUGGUUAUUGCAUUCCUUGUAGUAUUAGUCUUUCUUAAUUGGUUGUUCCGAAAAAUAAAUGUUUGUGUUCUUAGAUACUAACUGAAUAUGAAUGUAAUUAAGCUAAUUGUUAUUGGGAUUAAGGUUAUUGUAGUGAAGAAUUUUGUCCUGAAAGUUAGGUUUAAUGUGCUUAAAAUCCUAAAUGCUAUUGGAUUUAUUAAAGAGAAAAUUACACUUAUGGUUAUUGUAGAUAAAUUCCAGUAAUAAAGAUAUAAGAAUUUUGUACAACACUUCGAGGAAACAAUUCUUUAGAAUGUCUAUCUUAGACUAUAUAAUGUCCUGUAUCUCUUGAUGGUGUUUGUUAAAGUAAAGAACAUCUUUAAACAUGUUAAAGUAUGAAAUCUUUGCAAUUGUGUUCUAAUGGAAUAGGAUAGGAAGGAUAUUGCAAAUAUGAAAAUCAAUCUUGUUAGGUUUUAAGCAGCUGCAAACAAUUGAAAAGCUUUACUGAAUGUAAUAUAUUUAAUAAAGCAUGUUACUGGGAUAUGAGUACAGGUCUAUGUGAAUAAAUGACAUGUGAAUCAUAAUCUUAAGCAACUUGUACAUAUGUAUUUUAAAGUAUUAACUAAGCAAAUAUUUAAUAAUGCUAUUGGAAUGGUCGAAGUUGUUCUUCUGAAUUAUAUGUUAUUUCAUCGUAUUCCUUUUAAACUUGCUUUUAAAAUACUGGUGGCACUUAUCAUUGGAGUAAUUCUAAAUCAAAUUACGGUUCUUGUGUUUCAUGUUCAUUAAAUCGAAUUAAACCUAAACAUACUUGUUCUUGUACAGUUCUAAACGAAAAAGAAUGUACCCUAGCUAAACCUGUAUGUAAAUUUAAUUAGAAUAAACAAUGUGUUAAAUCAGCCUGUUAAGAAAUAUUCAAUUCAGUAACUUGUUCUGAACAAAUUGAAUGCAUGUGGUAGUCUAAUUAAUGUGUGGAUUUCACUAGUUGUACUGAUUUGUAUGGUAGUUCAUCUCUAGAUUGCAUUGCAUAAUCCUUACAAUGCUAAGUUGUUUCAAAUCAUAUAUGUAAAUCAGUAUAAAGUUUAAACACAUGUAGUUAGUAUUCUAUGGAGUUUUGUAAGAUUGAUAUAAUAGGAUCAGAUGGUCUCUGUUAUUGGAAUUCAACUAAUAAAGUUUGUUAAGUCAUUUCUUCUUGUGAUAAAGUUACUAACCAAUCUAUUUGUUAAUAUUUGAAUCGUACAUGUUAAUGGAGUUACUUUUUUUAAUCAUGUGUCCCAUUCUAAUGUUAAGAUUAUCCAUAUGAAGAAUUAUGCACAAAUGUUAUAGUUAAUCUAUAAGAUCCUUAAAUUAUGUUAUGUGUAUGGAAGAAUUAAAAAUGUAUUCCUUAUGAAGAUACCUACUAUAGAUUUGAUGAUUCUAUUUGUUAUGCAAAUUCUGACCAUACUUAUAGAUGGGUUAAAGAAGAUAAAUAUGGUGUCAGAUGCUAAUAAUGUCUUUCAACAUUCUUAACCAAUGUCAUCUUAGCAUUUACAAUAUUGUAUAUUUUAUGAUUUUUUUAGAAUAAUUUUUAAUAUCAAUAUUUUUUAUCAUAACAAAUGAGCUCUAUUAAUAUUCUUUGUCCUUUUCAUUAAAAAGUUGUUAGCUUUAUGAAUAUUGAUUUCAAAGUUAAAUUAGGUGAUAGAAUAGCAUGCGAUGAUUGUGGUCUUAUUAGACCUAUUAGUAUUGUUUCUGGGCUAGAAUUUUACAAUCUAAUGAUCACAAAUUAAAAUUCUGAAAUCGAUCGCUUAUUAGAUUAGGAGGUUAAAACUUUAUAGAGACUUAAAACUAUUCUAUACAAAAAAACAGAAGAAUUAUUGUAAAAUAUUAAAUAAUUAGAGAAAGAAAUAGAUUAAGAAAUAUCACUCUUAAUUUAAGAAUUCUCGAAAUUAAAAUUAGAAUAGCAUCAAAUUGGGUCUACAACAUUAACUCAAUUAUAAUAAAUAGCUUUACAAAUUAGUCUAUUUAAAAAUCAAGAAAAAGAUUUAUUUGAUUAAAUUGUGGUUGAAAAACUUAAAUAAUAUCAAGCAACGUUUUUUAAUUAGUAUGAUACAGCAUUAUAACAUAUUUAAAUCUACAAAAAUUCUAUUCAAUAAUUAAUAACCUAUAAACAAUGUUUCGAGCAUCCUUAAAAAAUUUGCUUUGAUUUAUAAAUAGUUUCUAAACACAAUUUAAUUAUUACUCAUUGUGAAAAUUUAUUAAGAAGUUAUUAAUUUCAAGAUGGCAAAUUAAAUUUAUUUUAAGAAGAAAACACUCAUAGAAGCUAUAUAGAAACUAUAUGUUUAAGUAAUUCUUAAAAAUUUCUCUUCACAGGUGGAGUAGAUAAAAUUAUUAGAAUUUGGCAAAUUUCAGAUCAAGGAAUUUUAAAAUUAGAUUAAGAAUUAAAGUGUCAUAAGGAUUGUAUUAAGUCAAUCGUAAUUAAUUCUUAAGAUAAAUAAUUAUUUUCAACUGGUUAUGAUAAAAACAUUAUAAUCUGGAAUAAAUAUAAUGAUUCUUGGUGCUAAACUUAAAUCUUAAAUGAACAUACAAAAGAAGUUAUACAAUUAUCAUUGAACCAAAGUGAUAAUCUAUUAAUAUCUGUUAGUUGGGAUAGAUCAAUUAAUAUUUAUAAAAGUAUUUCUGGACUUUGGUAAAUAAUGUAAAAAAUAGAAAAUCCUCAUAAUAAUAAAAUUUACUCAGUUUGCUUUAUAAAUGAUGGAUUAUUUAUUACUGGUAGUAGAGAAUUAAUAAUUUGGGAAAAAAAUUCAUCUUCUGAAUAAUUUAUUUAAUAAAGAACAAUUAUAUCAGAAUUAGAAUGUAUUGAUAGAAUAAAAUAUCUUCCAAGUUUAAAAUUAAUGACGUCUCAAAGUUCAAAUGCCUUAGAUAUUUGGAGAUUUAAAGAACAUAAUGAGCCUUAUUAGAUUUAAAGUUUAAAAGGGUUAUAUUAAGGAUCCACAUUAACAAAUGAUGGUUAAUAUCUGAUUGGUUAUAAUGUGGAGAAUAAGAAAUUUGUUAUUUGUCAAAGAAAUUUUUGA